AUGAAUCCAUCAACCAACCCGUCACUCAAUGGCGCGCAACAUGCAAAAGGUCAAUCAUACGGCUUGCUUGAUGGCAUCCAAGCCUAUUCAGGCGUCGAUAGUCUUCCCAAUGGAGAAGAUCUGUCUCGCUUUUUUGACCCCGAGCUUUUCGAUUCCACCACCCUUGGCAGCAGCUAUACUCAACCCUCGAUGUCAAUGUCGCAUGACUACGAUCCCAAUGCAGGCCGACAAUCGGGCACGCCAGAUGUACAGCAGUAUAAUGUCGCCCAGCGAGCAUUUCCCCACCAUCAGUACACUCAACCAUACUUCGACUCUCGCCAGAUGACACAACCCAACUAUGAUCCCCGAUACUAUUCGCAACCCUCUCCUUCGCCAGUGGGGUUCGAUGGCGGCUAUUCGUAUCAGACUCAGAUGGGUUAUCCCAACCAACAAUUCAGUGCCCAGCAGCUGAGUAUUCCACAACGACAGACUCCAACUCCUUCACAGAACUACGCUCCAAGGCAACAACAACAAGCACAGCCACAACAGACACCGUUCGUCAACAUGGAUCCGCGUGCGCAGCUAUCACAUGUCCAGAACAACGACAUGAUGCGCUUCGGAACCUUUCAAGAUCAAACUCAUCAACCCUCGAAUCAUUUUGUGGACCCCUCCUUGCUGAACUCGAAUCAGAUGAUGCAUACAAGUAGGGGACAUGUAUCGCAUGCUUCCAAGUCAUUAGCUGAUCAUGGUCUGCCAGACAGCAACCAUGCCUUCCAGACGCAGCAAGCUUUCAUGCCCACUUCAUACUUCAAGGCGGGUACGACGGUCGAUCCAAGAUCCUUACAAGGAAACCAACCCCUGCAGCCUAUGCCAUCUGUCACGUCACAAAUUCCACGUCCAGGUACCGAGGUCGAUCCUAGUCGUCAACGUCAGCUAACGGGGGCAGGGAUCGCUAUUCAGCCAAAGCCCGAACAGGAUACGAAGACGACGGCUACUAAAACCCCAGAUGAGCCUCAGAAGAAAAGAGGUCGUCCGAGAAAGGAUGCAUCUGCAAAGCCCGAUGGACAUCCCUCAGGAUCCGAAACGGAUUCCGAUGACGAUCUAGAGAUCGAAGAUGAGGAGCCUCCCGAAGUGACCCCUGCCCCACUGAGCGUAUCAAUGCCCACCGAUGAACGAGGAAAAGCUCUCUAUCAUGCGGUGCAAGCUGUUUGGAGCCCUCGCAACAAGUCGGCUUCUCCCGAGAAGAUCCGUGGUGGCAUUGCUGGCUUUGGUGAUGUUGUGCGAGGAUUGAGAGACGCCUGGAAGACGAAGAAUGAAAGCCUGAGAAAGGCAGAGCUUCCUGCUUCUCCCACUGCUGCAGAUGCUCCAAGGUUAAAGGAAGAAGUUGCGCGCUAUCGCCAAGUCAUGGAAACUGUCAUGAUGAGGUCUUUGCUAUAUGGUCAUCCAGCCAUCGUCAAUAGACUAGGCGAAAACCAAUUCACAAUGUCGGCCUUGUACUCGUUCAUGCUCGACAGGUUCAACGCAGCCGAUUACGACAGCACCCUUGUCAGCUCCAUCCUCAAGUUCGUCGUCAAGUUUGGCACUCUUGAUACUGAGAUGCUGGAGAUGACGAAGCUGUCGAAGAUUCUCCAGCGUCUGACCAAAAAGGCUACGAGUGAUGUCAAGACGUUAGCACAAGCCGUUCUUGAUAAUGCUGUCGCGGCUACGGCGAAGAAAACUUCCACCUCUCAUGACAAGAAGGGUGACAAGCCAAUGUCACCUAGAUCUGUUGGGAGCCCAGCAGAUGGGACACGAAAGGAGGGCACCGGCGGACUCAAGCGUCUCCGGGAAGGUGAUGGGUCUGCCCAGCCGGUUCUGAAAAAGGUCGCAAAAUCGAUUCCGCAUUCCUCAAAACCUCUCGCUCUCCAAAACGCCGAACGUAGAAAGGCGCUGGAAGCCGCACACACGGCCAAGGCCGGAGAGAAAGCAACUCCUGCACCAGCAGGAACAACAGCUCCUUCAGCAAAGGCCAAAGUGGCUGUGGCCGCCCCUCCGAAAUCUUCAAUCUUUGCGGCUUUAGCAUCAGCACCUAAAAAACCAGGCACCUCCAACGCAGAACGAGCCGCUGCAGCUGCUAAAGAGAAGGCUUCCUCAUCGUCGUCUCCUUCUCUGGCUUCUACCCAGUCAGUGAAGAAACUGAACACAGGGAAAGAGUCCCCGCCGCGGACUGGUGGUUCUGCCCCUGUCGCAAAGGCCGCGACCGCAUCGUCCUUCCUGGGAUUGCUCGCUGAUAUGGAGAAAAAGCCUGAAAAAGAGGCAAGGAAAGAAGACGGAAUCCCGAACGAGACUGAAGAGCAAAAGGCGAAGAGACUGCGUAAAGAAGCUCGCAGGAAACUUCGCGUCACCUGGAAAGCCGAUGCGGAACUGGUGGAGACUCGCUUGUUCACCCAUGAUCCAGACGAAGAGCUUGACCAAGGCGACCGUUUAAAACGCGACGCUGGAGACACUGGUCGUGAAGGUGAAGCGCUUAAACUCCACAAGAACUUGGAAGAUCUCGAGGACGAAGAGGACGAAGACUCUUUCGAAGAAUUUGAGCCAUAUACACCACCGUCGGAAGUGGACUUUAGUUACCUUGAAGAUGCUACCCUUGGCGACGAUUCACCACACAAAAUUAAUUCACUUAAGUUCGGCGGGAUCAUGAAGCCUGACAGCCCGAGCAGUGAAGCGCAAAAUAAAUAUGAGCAAGACACACUCAUGGCACUGUACACUUCCAAGGCCGACCGUCCGCAAACCCCAAAGGAGCCAGAUGAAAGCAAGGAGGAGGAUGAAGGCGACUUCGAGCCUGCUGAACCCGAGACUCCCUUCGGCGAGCCCAAUGAGAUGACGCGACGACGAGAGACGGAGUAUCUCGCACGAAAGGUCCGAACACAACCUGCCACUGAUCUUGCGGCACAGAUUCAAGCCAUGUCUGCCCCACAGAUAUCUCAACAGCAACCAGGAGCCAUUCCGCCGGAGCUUCAACGUGCUCUAAGCAUGUUGGGUCGAUCAACUCAGCCGAGCCAGCCGACCACAGCGCCGCAAGCUGCCCCCGGUGCCAAUGUGAACUUGCAGGCGAUCCUCCAGACAGUCCUCGGCAACCAAUCGCAAACGCAGACCCAACAACCUCAGUAUCUCGCCGUCAGCCAAGCCACGGCAUUAGGACCAAAUCUAGGCGCCCUCUGGGCCUCGAUGCAACAAGGCGCUCAAGCCGGAACAUCUGCCAGUACGCUUCCUCUGGGAUUGGCUGGAAACCCUAGCCCCUACGUGGCUAACUUCGACGACGCUUCUCGCAAGCAUGGCCGUAGCGACUCCAAUGACAACGACAACGACAAUGGCAGAAAAGGAGGAACCAAGAAGAAGAAGGGGGAGUCCAAACCUUACCUCUAUAAGACCCAAACGUGCACCUUCUGGGAGCAAGGCAAAUGUCUCAAGGGUGAUUCUUGCACAUAUCGACACGGCGAUGACGACGACAGCUAA